AUGACGGGCCAGAACUAUGGUCACAACGGCGAUUGGAACGCCAACGAGUUCUUCGACUUCAACAACAUGGAUUUCGAUGGGUCAAACAAUGGCUACGGUGGUCAGGGGUAUGAACAGUCCGACAACGCUCACAUUGAUCCGUCAAUACUGACCGGAAUGCUUCCUACAUCUAGUCCUGCACCGCCUCGAACCCCUACUCCUGCACCACAGCAGCCCCAGCCCGCUACUCAAUCUCUUCCAAUUCCCUCAAACGCAGAGUUCAACUACCGUGACGACAUCGGAUGGUACAGGAAGGCGGAUUACGAAACAUAUGAUUCCGCAUUCGAUGCUGAAGGAAACGUAUUCUACUACCACCCCGUACCUGCCCCAAAGAGUUGGCAAGCGCAGCGAAUUCAAGCACCACAGCCCGCAUCUCAACAGCAACCUUACCAGCAGCAGCCUUACCCACAGCAGCCUUACCCGCAGCAGACUUACCAGCAGCAGCCUUAUCAGCCGCAGCCUUACCUGCAGCAGACUUACCAGCAGCAGAAUGGUACAGCGUUCCCUGCUGCCUUCCCUAACGCGAACUUGAACGCCAAUGGCCAAUACGCAAUGCCAGAAUUCGAUCCCUCCGCGCUCGCUGGUCCCUACGUUGCUCAAACACCAAAGAAAAAGAGAUCUCGCCCAACCGCAGUAACUCCAUCUCGAUCCAGAGUGACCAAGAACAAGAGACGACCAGCGUUCCACAGAACGUCGAUUAUCCGGGCAUGUACCUGCACACCAGGCCACAUUCCUCGACCUCCAAACGGCUACAUCAUAUUCCGAUCUCAGGGUAUAUACUCAGACGAGGUGAUGGGCUACAUGACCCCCGAGGAACGAAUCAUCAUCUCAGGCGGCAAGAAAUUGGACGUCAAAAAGGUGGGUCGUGUCUGGCAUUCGCUCCCAAAAGAGCUCCAGGCGCCUUACUAUCAAGAGGCGAAGCGGCUUGCUGCACAGCAUGCGGCUCAGUAUCCUGGGUACAAGUAUCAACCUCAGGACGACUUGAAACGAGACUUCGGCUCCCCGGAUUGUGUUUGUGGUGCUUACCAGACCAACUUGGCUGCUCGAAAUGCUCGCGCUGCAGCAGGUGUUCAAGAUGAUGAUGAGGACUCCACGGACGACGAAGUCGUUGUUGCCAAAACUCCAAAGAAGCGUUCGAAAUCUCGCAAAGCACAAAAGCAGGCUGUUUACGAAGAACCUGUUGCUUACGGGCCUCCGAUCGGCUUUGCUCAGAUGCCGCAGCUCUCCGAGCAACAGAUGGGGGAAGCCCUAGCGUCAUGGAACGCCAUGCCAGGUGCUCCUUUCAUGGGACAUCCAUCUCUCGCAGCGCCUGUUGCUCAGAGACCGACAAGAGGCGCUAAGAGAACGAUCAAUUACGCUGAGAAUGACGACGAUGCGGAUAUUGAGUUGUAA